CUUGGAGGCGGCUAUGUUUUAUCGUACAAAUUGGUGGAUUUCAUCGUGCGGAACAGGGAUCUGCUGAAACUUUACAAGAGUGAGGAUGUAUCGGUGGGCGCAUGGCUAGCCGGUCUUGAUGUUCGAUAUGUGCACGAUCCACGUUUCGACACCGAAUUUCGUUCCAGAGGAUGCAAUAAUCAGUACAUUAUCACUCAUAAACAAUCGGCCGAAUCUCUCGAGAAGGAAUAUCGCGUUCGUGCAUCCUACGUUUACGAUUGGUCUGUUCCGCCAAGUCAGUGUUGUGUACGGCAAAAUGGCUCCAGCAUACCAUAA